CAACUGAAAUUCAAAAGUGAACGGAAGCAUAUCAUCUCUUGGCGCUAGACUGGGAGGGAUUAGGAGUGUUCCACUCUGUCACAAACUCUUCCUCCUCUCAUUUUCUAAGUGAUUCUUUAUUUUAUUUUAUUCAUAACCGAAAUUCUCCUUUCCUCCCUUGAACCUUUGACUCUUCGGUCUCUCUCUCUCUCUCUCUCUCUCUGUGUCUCGAAUGCUCCUCGCUUCAGCCUAAGCUCCACCAAAUCCAAAACCCCGCGCCACGCCACGUGACGCCAUGUCAGACAAUGCGCCACCGGACCAAAACCAAGACCAUGAGUCGCUAACCAUUCCUUUGCUCUCUCACGAACGAUCCCUCAAUUCCACCUCUCAGGUCGCCAUCGUCGGCGCUAACGUCUGCCCUAUCGAAAGCUUCGACUACGAAAUUGCGGAGAAUGAUUUUUUCAAACAAGACUGGAGGACACGUGCCAAGAUCCAGAUUUUUCAGUAUAUUUUCAUGAAAUGGCUUCUCUGCUUCUUGAUUGGCGCUAUCGUCAGUCUUGUUGGUUUCUGUAACAAUCUCGCCGUUGAGAAUAUCGCCGGCAUUAAGUUCGUCGUUACUUCUAACAUGAUGUUGGCUCGCAGAUACGGGAUGGCAUUUCUAGUGUUUUCUCUAUCCAAUUUGGUUCUAACUCUAUUUGCCGCCAUCAUUACGGCAUUUAUUUCGCCGGCAGCGGCUGGUUCAGGUAUACCGGAAGUGAAGGCUUACUUGAACGGUGUAGAUGCUCCGGGAAUAUUUUCACUGCGAACUUUAAUUGUUAAGAUUGUGGGAAGCAUUUCUGCCGUGUCUUCAUCUCUGCUUGUUGGAAAGGCAGGGCCUAUGGUGCAUACUGGUGCAUGUAUUGCAUCAUUGCUGGGACAGGGUGGGUCUAGAAGAUAUGGUUUAACAUGGAAGUGGCUUUGUUUCUUUAAGAAUGACCGAGACCGACGAGAUCUUGUAACGUGUGGGUCAGCAGCUGGAAUUGCAGCUGCUUUCCGAGCCCCAGUUGGAGGUGUGCUGUUUGCUCUUGAAGAAAUGGCGUCUUGGUGGAGAAGUGCCCUUCUUUGGAGAGCUUUCUUUACAACUGCUGUAGUUGCAAUUAUUCUUCGAGCUCUAAUUGAUAUUUGUUUAAGUGGCAAGUGUGGGCUGUUUGGUAAAGGGGGUUUGAUAAUGUUCGAUGCCUAUUCAGCAAAUGUUUCGUAUCACCUAGCUGAUGUGCCUCCUGUACUUGUUCUUGGAGUUAUAGGGGGCAUAUUGGGAAGUUUAUAUAAUUCCCUUUUGGAUAAGGUCCUGCGAGUUUACAACCUCAUUAAUGAGAAAAGCGUUGUUUAUAAAAUUUUUCUUGCUUGCUCAAUCUCCAUUUUUACAUCCUGUCUACUUUUUGGAUUACCAUGGCUUGCAUCUUGCCAACCAUGCCCAUUGGAUGCAUCCGAAGCCUGUCCCACAAUAGGCCGAUCUGGUAACUACAAGAAAUUUCAAUGUCCUCCUGGUUACUACAAUGAUCUUGCCAGCCUCAUUUUCAACACAAAUGAUGAUGCUAUCAGAAAUCUUUUCAGCAAGAAUACUGACUCUGAGUUUCAGAAGUCAACGAUGAUCAUAUUUUUUGUCACCUGCUUCUUUCUAAGUAUUGUUAGCUAUGGGAUUGUUGCUCCAGCAGGUCUUUUUGUACCUGUCAUAGUUACUGGUGCAUCUUAUGGGCGCUUCAUUGGUAUGCUACUUGGUUCACACACAAAUCUUAAUCAUGGUCUUUAUGCUGUGCUUGGUGCUGCUUCAUUUCUUGGUGGCUCAAUGAGGAUGACAGUCUCUUUGUGUGUUAUUAUUCUGGAAUUGACCAAUAACCUAUUAUUAUUGCCAUUGAUAAUGAUGGUUCUCCUCAUUUCCAAGACUGUAGCUGAUGCUUUUAACGGCAACAUUUAUGACCUCAUUAUGAAAGCAAAGGGUUUUCCUUACCUAGAAACUCAUGCUGAACCUUAUAUGAGACAGCUGACAGUUGGUGAUGUUGUCUCUGGCCCUCUUCAGCUCUUUCAUGGAAUUGAGAAGGUUGGUAAUAUAGUACAUAUCCUCAAAACCACAAGGCAUCAUGGGUUUCCUGUUGUUGAUGAGCCUCCACAUUCUGAAUCCCCAAUUUUGUAUGGUUUAAUCCUCCGUGCUCAUCUUAUUGCACUGCUAAAGAAGAGAGUUUUCUUGUGCACCCCUGUGCAGAUAGGUGUUGAUGCUUUUAGGCAUUUCUCAGCAGAGGAUUUCGCAAAGAAGGGCUUAGGUAAUGUUGACAAGAUAGAAGACAUAGAAUUAAGUGACGAAGAGAAGGAGAUGUUCUUGGAUUUACACCCUUUUACCAAUGCUUCACCAUAUACGGUUGUGGAGACAAUGUCGCUGGCUAAGGCUCUCGUACUUUUCCGUCAAGUUGGUUUGAGGCACCUACUUGUCAUACCUAAGAUCUCUAACAGAGCACCCGUGGUGGGCAUAUUAACAAGGCAUGACUUCAUGCCGGAACACAUAUUAGGUUUGCACCCCUUAUUGAUAGGGAGUAGGUGGAAAAGAUUAAGACUUCGAUGGCCCCGUUUAUUGAAACUGUUUUAGGGGAUCUCAUUCACUCAUCCUAGAUUGGGUGGGGGCUUUGCUUACCCUUGAAAAUAAAUUUUGUACAUAGUCUUGUACUCUUAAUUGAACUGCACAAGUUUGUGGGAUCAUUCUAGCCCUUUGUUACUCAGCCGAAGGCAACCAGACGGGGGAAUCACACUGUACUCUUUCCAGCUGUAUUUUUCAUUUACCGUAUGAGUUGCAAGGAGGCAAAGUCCGAAUGAUUCAACCUUUACAAAUUUUGGUCAGGUGAAAUCUGUGUAUGCCAGUUCAUGCCCUUCCAAGAUUACAUUGUUCUCAUCAAAAGCAGAUGGCAUGUUUUUGGGCUUUUGGCCACAAACUGAGACUCAUGUUUUGAUACCAUCUGUGGGGAAAAUAUGUUGUUGAAACUGGAGCAACGCCUAUCAUAAUUUAUUUGCCCAAACAACUUGUAUAACUUGGGGAUAACAAUAAGCAACACGUUUCAACAUGUCACGCAAUGGAAUCUUAUAUCCCAAAGCAGUAGUGUAACGGUAAAGAAUGAUGAAUUUAUUUGUUAUUAGUUAUUAUUAUAUCAUAGCAAGUGAGAAGCAAAUGUAACCAUUGGUAACAAUUCAA